UUGAGAGACGAGCCGGUGUUUGAGAGAAGUCUCGCUGAGCUCGGAAGUUUGACGCAGAAUUUUCUUUGUUUGUCUGACGUUAUUUUGACAGUCUGAGUUAAAUACGAUUCAUUUAAAUCCCUCGACGAGCUGAAGGAAAAGUUACAUAAAGGAUGGAUAAAGGAAAGUGAAAGCUGUGUUUUUAGACACCAACGUGCGCUUCCGGGCGGAUAUUGAGCAUGUCUCUUCGUGCUGUUGAAGAAGCUGUCAAGAUGUGCAAAGCUGAAGAAGCAAGACUCACUGAAAACAUCAGGCAGUGCAAGGAGAUAUUGCGCUCAAUGAGAACACGCGUGACCGAAGCCAGUGAACCUGAGACUGCCACAGCCAUCGCUACUAAAGACGAUAUUCCACCUGAAGAACAAACAGAAAUUGAAUUGUUGGAGCAUGUUUUAAAAAAAGCACUGAAAAUCCGCAGCACAUCUGAGGCUCAUAAAGAACUUCACUCGGACAGCAACCAAAGAAAACACCCCAAACCUCCCAUUAAUGUUAAUGUUAAAGAAGAAGAUAAAAGGAAACCAGUGAAAUCUCUCCCCCCUCCAGACACGUGCAAAAAAAACCAUCAUCACAGAGGAGCGACCCACGGGGCCGUUCUGCUCCGGAAGGGACCGAAUGCUCAUCCAUUGUUCAAAGGAAGGCCAUCAGUCCCGAAGAGCGCCCCAGUGAAGAUUUCUUCCACAGCGUCCCAGCAGAAGAUGCGUGAAGAGUUUUCCCCAUCAGUGUCUGGGAAAGAUGGGAAGUUCACAACUGGAAAUAUGCAGAAUGCACAAUGGAUAUCGUCUCCUUUGUUACCAGUCUGGCGAGCACAAAGAACAAAACAGAUCCGAUUGUGGAAAAAGGUGUUAACCCAUGAAUCAAAGCCAGUACCAGAGAAAACUCAGUUUACGGAGAGACUGAGAGCAACUUUCCCAUCCGAACGGCCUUCCAGAUGUCCCGCUGAUAUCACAGCAGAGCUGGACGUGCUUUCACAGCGUUGUCUUGACCUGACGCACUGCUUCACACACUCAGACUCAGGGACGUCGCAUGAGAGAGAAUAUGAGUCCUUGCGGAUGCUGGAGGGUUUGGAGAGAAUGACGGCAGAUCUUCUUUCAUGUGCUGAUCAGCGGAAGAAAGACUGGGAGAGGUGGGAUAAGAGUAGCUCUGGAGAUUUGUUUCCCAUCCGGAGGAGAGGUGAUUGGGGUGACCCAGAUCGUUCCUGUCUGCCGCCCAUCCUGUCCUACACCAGUGAAACUGAACUCAGACAGCUGGAAAGCCGAAGACUCAGAGUCGAACAACUUCAGCAGGCCAUUGGUCUUCAGAAGGCGAUGUCCGAUAACCUUGUGUCUUUGUGGGACGCUGAUUCGGGUGUCAGGCGACCCAGUCCCGUGGCUCUACGUGGUCUUUACUCGCUUCUGGCGGAGGGAGGCGUUCAAUUCCCGUCGCUGGUUUUGGAUUCGGAGUGAGAAAACAAGCUUGUAUUUCAGGGUUAGUUCACUGAAUUCUACGAAGCACAGCACAGUGUGAAAAAAAACUGUUAUUUGGAGAGAAACUGCGCCAAGCGUGUGCGCCGUUGUUUUUUGGAAUCAGUCACAUGACUGGAGAAGUGACGAGCGAGUGCAGCUGCUGUUAAGAAAGACGAAUAAAGCUUCCAGCUGACGUCUCUCAUGAUCCAUGAGUCAGGAUUUCAUUUCAUGUCACACGCGUUUAUUAUCGUCUGAAGUUUAUCUGGCUCUCGGUGGAGUUCUUCCUGUUUGAAUUCAUUACCCAAACCACCGGCAUCUUUUAACACUAAUACCGAGCGUUCUCGUGAGGCCUGUGGUGUUGUGUUUUGCCAGCAGAGGGUGAUGUGUCCUGAACCUCUUCCAGAGUCUCUAUUGACGGCAUCUGUGGCAUGACGUCUGUUACGGCUGAAAGUAAUUUAGACUCAUCUCUCGGUUUAUAAAACAAAACAAUGGUUGUGUUUAAUACACUUAUAAUGAAUGUCUAGACAUUCCCGAGCCCCAUCGUACAUUCACAAAUGUGUGUUUUUUGGUCUAUAAAGUGUCUAAAUCACAUUUUAAUGGUGGAACUGGUGUUCUAGAUGAUACUGAUGCAAGCACUGUUUUGAUUUGUGUCUAUUGUGAACCUAUCAAAAGUUUGGAAACAUUAUUUUGAUCACAAAUACAGAAAGAAAGAAAUAUUGCAAAGAAUAU